AUGCUCUCACUGCGAUUUUCUUGUGCUCCACGCUCAGCUUGGGAAACCCUCCGUCGGCAGAUCCGCAGCCUGGAGAAUACAUUGGAAUCAGAAAUUACCACCUAUGCUAAACUUUGCACCUCCGUCUCAACCGCUUAUAGCUCAAAUGGGAAGCUGAGCGAGCGAACCAUUUCGGAAUCUCGAGAGGUUGAAGAACGGAUCGAAGAUAAUCUGAAACAACUUUCAUUACAAGUAGAUCAAAUAUACAGACUGCUCCAAACGAGCUCAGUUGCGCCUACAGGAUCGAUGACGCACGCCUGUAACCGACACAAGGAAGUCCUCCAAGAGUACGAACGAGACUUCAAACGAACGAGGACCUCCCUACGCGAAUGCGAACAACGUGCAUCCCUACUCUCCUCGGUCAGGUCCGAAAUAUCAUCCUUCAAGUCUUCCCAGAUCGCCUCCGAACAAGACCGCCAUCUCAACGAUAGAAACUCGAUCAACUCUAGUCAUCGGCUGGCUGAUGAUGUCCUCGGACAAGCCUACGAAACUAGGUACCAGUUCUCUGCCCAACGUCGUUCUCUCUUUAAUAGUAACUCUCGGAUGGGCAACGUGAUUGCUGCUGUACCGGGAGUCAACUCGUUGAUCAGCAUGAUCAACUCACGAAGAAGACGGGACACCUUAAUCCUUGCCACCGUUGCCGGGGGUUGCACAUUCAUGCUUCUCCUCCUCACCUUUCGUUAA